AUGCAUAUAUCGAGCAAGAAUUGGCUAAUUUUAAAGGGUGUAGAGAACGACUGCAGCUCGUAUGCAGAAGCCGUCCCGAUUUGUGCCAAUACUAGUUGGAUUGCAUAUACAUAUAGCAAUACCGAUACGCGCCGACUUUGUUGCCAGCCUGGCCAAGUCGGUCUACUAUCCGGCAUUUGCGUGGAUGAAGCAGUUGCAGUGGCGAGCACAGCACUGGCUCUUUCGGUAACCCAAGUUACUGGGACAGUAUCUAUCCCUUCGAGUGUUGGCACCUCUCCAAGCGACAGGAACUCCGCGACUACGACCUCUCAGGGCGGCGCAGGUUCUGUAGUUCCCACUAGUGGACUAGCAGGUAACAUUCCUAGCCCGACGACGACGAGAAGCGGCUCACCACCAGCUGUUACAGGUGUUUCUGGUGGCAAUUCAUCAUCCGGAGACAAAAAUGGCAUCUCUGGCGGCGUUAUUGGUGGAAUAGCUGGGGGCGUUGUUGUCGGCAUUACAAUUGUUGCUCUGUUGGUCUACCUCGCAUUCUUGUUUGGAAGGAAGGACCGCGCAAGACGAAAUAAUACAAGCAACCACUACGGGGCGCCAGCGAUGGUGGAGGAGACGAGGAUGGCGCGACCAACUACGAGCAUUCAACCAGCAUAUCCCUCGAAAUAUGAUGUCGACCGCAAGGGGCCAGAGGUGACUCGGGCACCAGCGGGGUACCAUUCUUCUGCUCCAAACGCGCCUACUAGGUUAGCUGAAGUGGCGGAUAGCAGAGCGCAAGUGUACGGUCGUGCGGAACUAGGACACUCUCGUUGA